AUGGCGACGGCGAUACUCUCCCCUCGCGAUUGCCUGCAAAGUCGGUUCCUCCGGGAAGCUUUCGCGCUGCGAUCUUCACCUCGCGUGGCGAGGAAUGAUGCUUUCGCGAACCCUAACCCUAGGGCCGAAUCUCGCAGGCGGAAGAGGAGUCCCAUGGGGAGCCAGAGGGAUAGGGCAGCGUCGCGAUCGAAACAGUCGCUGGUGGCGAAGCUUCCCGGGAAUAAUCUCGUGAUGGGACAGGUGAAGAUAUUGAAGCGCGGGGAGUUGCUCGACUCUGUUGAAAAGAGUGAGGAUGAGAAGGAGGAGGGGAAGAAGUUGGUGGAUUUGCGAUUGGGAUCGACGGAUCGGUUCGGGCCGGAGCCGGAGACGGUUCGGAAGGAGGUUAGGGUGGAGGAGUUUAAUAAAGCCGUGGAUGUGAUGUAUGCAGGUUCGGCGUUUUUCACCUCGCCGCCUCCGAGUUCGCUACCUGUGCCGGCUUUUUUGGGGAAAGGUGGGGUUGGGGAUGCUAAUACUGAUCUCCGGCGAUUACUGGGGCUGAAUCUGGUUUAA